ACUGACAGCAUCUCGGUAGUCAACCUCCAACAUGACGCGCAGCGUCCGCAGUUCUACCCUAUGCGAGUGGGCACUUGGCGUCAGCGUUGAGGAAUACUGCAACUCUAUUGAGCGGCGCAGGCGGAAGAAGUCCUGCAGCAGACAGCGGAUCUGCGUCGAGAUUUCCACUGACGACGAAUCCGAGGAGGACACUGUCAAGAUCACCUACCCGCGCGCCAAUCGCAGCAAGGACUCUUCGGGCUCCGGGUCCAAGAAGGUCCGUUUUGAGAAGGCCGCAGCGAAGUCUGCGCUGAAGGCUGCGGAGUCAGAAGCCGAGUCCAAAGCCUCUCAUACGAUAAACAUCCAGCUAAUCACGAAGCAAGCAGACAAGAAGAAGUCGAAUAAGGCAGACGACACAUCUGACGACAAGGCCGCCAAGAAGAAGAAGGUAGCAGAUUCUUCGUCCGAAAGUGAGACAGAGGAGAGUGAAGAGGAGACGCCGGCACCUCCCAAGAAGAAGAAGACGCAAGAAAAGACGAAGGACGGUGUCAAAAAAUCGUCCAAGACCAAGGAGAGCGCUGCCCUAGCCGACACCGAACCCAACAACGUCGGCCCUACAGUCAAGAAAGUUCGGAACAAGCAUGGAGGAGCGAAGGCGAAUGAGACCAAGAAGCUCGAGAAGCCUCAGAAAGUAAUGCCCGAGGCUGCGCUGUCUCCUCACCUACGCCGUCCCAAUCUCAUUAUGCCCAUCCGCGCGGAGGUCGUCCAAGUUGAGCAUACCAUUGAGGGCCACGGUGUUGUCCGAGUCUAUCAUGGCCCAGCCUACGGUAACCCCUACGGCUUGCUAUAUCCUGCUCGCGACCCGAACAACGCUCCUUUGCCGAUGGGUGUUCCCCAUCCCCUGCAGAACCCCUAUUUCCACGGCUUCGCUAAUCCUACAAACCCCGGAGAUAAUCACUUCAAGGGCCACUCUCCCUGGGGCUCUAUUCCAGUCACUUGUAUGCCCGAAGGACCGCCAAUGGGGAUGCAGAUGCCCUCGUGGUGGGGUCCCAUGUCUCCCAAAGUUCUCUCUCCAAAGCCUGUUAUGUCGGGAGCCAUUCCAGCAGAUGCGGCAUCGACAGGUGCCAAGAAUAAAGAACAAGGAUGGGAUACCAAUGCUCCUUCGCCCCUGGCAAAGGUAGCGAGCCCUAACAACGUGGCUCCUGCUUCCCCUAUCAACAUCAAUUUGACGGUGAAUCCAAAUACCCCGUGGGCUGCUUUUGCUAGCGACCUCAGCAAAAACAAAAACUCCUGGGGAUCGAAGAAGAGCACAGACUGGCAACCCUUGGGCAGUGGCCAGCAUCCAGAUCUUGCUUGGGGCAACACUCCCACGAAGAGCCAGGGGGGCAACAAGGGAAGCAACAAGGGCAGUAAUUCAGGCUGGAACAAGAUCGGGGAUGCGAACAAUGAUUCUUGGGGAGCGACUGGGCCCAGCGGAAGCAACAGUGGGUGGAACAGCACGAAAACUGGCCAGGCCAAUGAUACUUGGGGGACAUCCGGCAACACUCAGAGCAACGACGCCCAGACAACUUCUGGUGGCGAUGGCUGGACAACGACUAAUGGUUCCACUUGGGACAACACCGACACCAUGAGCAAAGAUGGAUGGGGAGCCUCCAACGACCAGUCGGCCGAUGCCUGGGCCAACUCUGGAGGCGACUACAGCAACAACUGGGGAACUGGAUCGAACCAUUCUGGCUCCAAGAAGUCAAACAAGAAUCAAAAUGGUAAUGGGAGCAACCGGAGUGCCAGCGGUCAAGCCAAGCCUGCUGUGGACUGGGAUGGCCAGGGAAACAAUGUUGGCUACUCAGGAUCGGAACGUAAGGUGUCGAAUACCUUGAAUAAGUCGAAGAAGACUUCGCCGCCGCCGCCCUCAACCAAUGCCAGCUGGGACAACAACGCUGGGCCUUCGACCAACAGUCCCGUCGGUAACUCGUCCAAUAAAAGCAACGGGGGCAAGGAAAGCUCAAAGAAUGCAUUCAAGGGCGACGCGUGGGGGACUGCCAGCAACUCAGCCUGGACGACAGACAAUAAUGCCGGCCCAACGGCCAAAAACAGCCCUCACAACUCCCAAUCGUCAAAGAAGAGCUCGAGAAGUAAGGAGAAGACCGAUCAGUGGGUUUCGGCUGGCCGCGGCGCCGGAUGGGGCCCCGAGACCACAAGUGGUGAAGUCAACUAUGGCCCGACGGCGACCGAGAUGAGCAAGGCCUCGAGCAGCAGCAAGAGUAUGCCAGGCGCCUGGGAUGCCAACAUCCCUCCUUGGGGAGACGCGACUUUGGCGCAAUCGACAGGUGGCGCGGCAGAUCAAUGGUAGAGGUGGUUUUGGCGAAGCCGACUUCAUGGGGAGCGUGUGAAGAAUACCGUAGCCAAGAGAAGUGGAAUCGACUGGAGAAAGACAUUAGACAGCAGCUGCUUGAAAUUUUUUGGGAGGCCGAGAGAUCUCGGUGUUCUGCAUCUUUGGGGAGGGGGGUUCCCAAGCAUGGGAGGUUAUGGACUUUGGCGAUUGCAUUAUUCGAUGGGAGUUGUGGGCGGAGGAGACAUUGAGUUUUACUACUAGACUUUUUACCCGCACGGAGGCGCGCGGGACGUUGCAGCUUUCAUCCAAGUUCUAUGUCGGCGGAAGGACAAACCGGUUGGCACCAGAAUCCGACAUAGAUAGAUCACAAACAUUGAAACACUCGUGCCGGUCAUAGAGCGAGAGUGGAUAAUUUGCCAUUGCU